CCCCCUUGGCCACGUGACCCCCGAGGGCAGGGUAGGGGCUGAGCUGGGGUCCCGGACGGACGGACUGGGGCCAGGACUGACAGGCAGCGGGACAGGCCAGCUGGCCCGGGGUGGAGUCCGCAGCGGCGGGGGACACGGCAGGGACGCAGUGCUAGGAGAUCUCUGAGGCGGCGGGGACAAACGCCCGGGCGCCCCGAAGCUCCGGGAUGUGGAGCGGGAACCUUCUGGAUGGACCAGGCUGCCACGCUGACUGCCCCCCCACCAUGAUCCUCAGCAGUCUCACUUCUUUCACGAGCCUUUGAGUCCCCGGGGCCCAGCCGGGUGCGGAGCACAAAGCAGCCCCACCCGGAUGAGGGCCACCCACCGCCCCUCGAAGCUGUCCCCGUCUCCUGGAAGAGCGUGGGCUCCUGCAGAAGCCUCAGGGAGCCGCCGGGAGGCCUAGCGGAGACCCCCGCAGGGGAGGAGGCCCCCGGCCAGGAGGGCCCGGCAGCCGCCCAGCUGGACGUGUCGCGCCUUCGCAGCUCGUCCAUGGAGAUCCGAGAGAAGGGCUCGGAGUUCCUGAAGGAGGAGCUGCACAAAGCCCAGAAGGAGCUAAAGCUGAAGGAUGAGGAGUGCGAGCGGCUGUCCAAGGUCCGGGAGCAGCUGGAGCAGGAGCUGGAGGAGCUGACGGCCAGCCUCUUCGAGGAAGCCCACAAGAUGGUUCGAGAAGCGAACAUGAAGCAGGCGGCGUCAGAGAAGCAGCUGAAAGAGGCUCGGGGCAAGAUUGACAUGCUGCAGGCGGAGGUGACAGCCCUGAAGACACUGGUCAUCACCUCCACGCCAGCCUCUCCCAACCGCGAGCUCCACCCGCAGCUACUGAGCCCCACCAAGGCCGGGCCCCGCAAGGGCCACUUACGUCACAAGAGCACCAGCAGCACCCUGUGCCCUGCCGUGUGCCCCGCUGCUGGCCACAUUCUCACGCCGGACAAGGAGGGCAAAGAGGUGGACACAACCCUGUUUGCAGAGUUUCAGGCCUGGAGGGAAUCGCCCACCUGGGACAAGAACAGCCCCUUCCUAGAAAGGGUGUACCGGGAGGACGUGGGCCCCUGCCUGGACUUCACCAUGCAGGAGCUCUCGGCGCUGGUUCGGGCUGCCGUGGAGGACAACACACUCACCAUCGAGCCCGUGGCUUCGCAGACACCGCCCACGGUGAAGGUGGCUGCGGUCGAAUACGGCAGCACCAACACCUGUGCCCUGAGCGGACUGGCCCGUGUCUGUCGCCACCGAAUCCGGCUUGGGGACUCCGAGAGCCACUACUACAUCUCGCCAUCCUCCCGGGCCAGGAUCACUGCUGUGUGCAACUUCUUCACCUACAUCCGCUACAUCCAGCAAGGCCUGGUGCGGCAGGACGCAGAGCCGAUGUUCUGGGAGAUCACGAGGCUGCGGAAGGAGAUGUCGCUGGCCAAGCUGGGCUUCUUCCCCCAGGAGGCCUAGGACCUGGCCCAGGCCGGAGCGGGGCUCAGAGCGGGAGCCAGUCCCUACCCCGAGUCUGACAGACGGACAGGAAGACAGGACCCUGCAGCCAGCCCUGAGCCAGAUGCUGAACAGAGGGAUAAAUGGCCAGGCUGUGGAGACAGCACUGAGCUGGUACCAAACGUCCAUCCCAGCACAGACAGGACCUCGUGAGACGACCCUUCUCUCUUCCCCAGCGGUACUACAGCCACCAGGAGGCUCUAGAAAGCACCAAAGACCGAGGAGCCUGGACCCAUCCUCAAGGGCUCAGCUUUUUUAGAGGGGACACCCAGGGCGGCCAGCACCCUUCACCCCCAGUUCCAGGAGCUGCUGCCUGCAGGUGCAUUGUUGCUGCCAUUUUCUCUGAAAGAAACCUUGCUCCUUGCUGGGUGGCCUGAUUUCCCCAGUUCCCAAGCCCUGAGCCACCAGCACCCCCUUGUGGCCAUCCCUUGCCUUAUUCCCAGGUGGCCUCCGCUUUGGACUGCCCCAGUGAGCCUGCCAUCCUAAGUGCCCAAGGGGCAGCGGUGCUAGGAUAGGCGGGCAGGGACUUCCACGCCAACUGGCAUCUGCUUGAGAACUGCCCCAGAGUUCCUAAGAUGGGUCAAGCCCCCCCCCCGACACACCCACUUGACUUUCCCCCUUCCCUCACGGAGCCCUGUGUUCCAGGACGCCAUGCCCCCACCCCUGGAAGGGGUGCUGGAAGGACUGGGGCACCUUCCUCCCAAAGCAAAACACAGACAGGGCCUCAGGACACCAAGCCUGUUUCCAGCUGUGGGCAGCCAUGCGGACGGCCGGGGCUGAGGUCGCCAAGCCCUGCGUCCAGGACUGGGGUGGGAUGAGCCGGACCUGGGCCCCCCUCCACCCCUCACAGCCCACGCGGGACCGGGGCACAACCUGGACACAUCCCUCACCAGGUCCGGGUUCCUCCUCUGGAUGGAAUGUAGCGCCAUCUCUAUUGAAUAAAGGAAGCCUUUGUUGGUA